CUUCGGAGCUCCGGGCAGGGCCACGGCUACUUUUUGCUUGUAUUAGCGCACGGGGCGAUGCUGCUGCUGGACAGCGGGGCCGAGGUGGACAGCCUGAAGCGUUUGCUGGAGCCGGGCGGCGCGGUGAAUGCCCCACGAGACGCCUGCGGUCAGUCUCCAGCGCACCUGGCUGCCCAGGCGGGACAUCCCUUCUUUCUGCUCUGGCAGCUGCAGGCAGGGGCUGACCUCAACCAACAGGAUGCUUUUGGAGAAGCUCCAAUACACAAGGCAGCUAAAGUUGGUAGCUUGGAAUGCCUCAGUCUGCUUGUAGCCAGCAAUGCCCUAAUUGACUUACGUAAUAAGAAUGGGCAGACUGCAGAAGAUUUGGCAUGGUCUUGUGGAUUUCUGGAAUGUGCCAAAUUUCUCACAACAGUUAAACAUACACAGAGUAUGAAAUUAAGUGAACAGUCCAAAUGUUCGUUCAACACUGACAACUGUGGUUUACUGCCGAAAAAUAAAAGAGCUUACAGAAAUGUGGACAACUCAAAUGGGAAGAAGCAACGAUCAGAUGGUAGGUCGUAUGUCGAUGCCACCCCCAUAGUGAAGAUUUCUGUAUAAAUAAUAGAACUAAGCUUGUUAUAAUACUAAAAUCUCAUUCAUAUUUAAUAAUUCAGCAAGGCUCAAUCUGUCUUUAGUUUUGAACCGCUAAUAAUAUUAUAUUCCCGUUAGAAUACUUUUCAAACUUAAUGUAUUCUCAUGAUGAUAACCUCAUUUUUACUUUCAAGUUGGCAACUGUGAUGCAUAAGUUUGUAUAUCUGCUAAAGGAGGAAAGUGUUCGCAAAACUGUUCCUGAAGUGGUUAAGUGUGUGGGUAAAUAAGAUGUUUUUCACCCCCACCCUCUCAGCAGUGCUGGGACUGAUGCCUCUGCCAAGACUCACCCCAGGCAUGUGCUUUUCACGAGGAAUGAAAAGUUCAACCAAGUCCCUGAAAGGGAGAUUAGAGAUGGCAGGUGUUGUCCCUCUCCCCCUCUUUUUUUUUUUUUUAAACCUUCAGGUUCUUCUGACAUUGCUGGCUCUCCCUGUUUCUCCUCUCCCCUGCAUUUUAUGGGUUAUUUCAUUGUUACUGUGUUAGGAAAAGUGCAUAACAUCAGAAUUAAUU